UCUGUCAAGGAAAUGGUAACCACCUCCAGUUCUCAACAAAGCCUUAAUGUUUCCAACAAGAACAAUGCUGAUGAAGAAUUGUCUAUCUUGAGUGUAAUCAUACGGUCAUUGUGCAAUCUGAGGCAUUUCAGAGAUAAACUUCUGAUGGAGCCACUUGUAUGGAUCCCGUCAGUUGAAAAUCCCUGCAUAGCUCAGCAAUUUUAUGAAAUCUUCUCUUCUUGGGAGAAAAACGACCACCACUUCACCGAUGUUGUACUGACUUACAUGAAGACUCUUCUCUGCAGAGUUGUAGAUUGCAGCACUUUGUAUGAAAAGUUGCAGGUUGGCGAAACUUUUGCUUCUGAGAUUGUGGCCACAAUUCUCAUUGAAUUGCAUAUGUCAGAAACUUGUUCGCGUUUUAGAGAAAACAAGGAGACCCAGAGACAUGUAGUGAACCCAAUCACGUGCGGAGAUUGCAUAUGCCCAACACAUUAUCUUUUUGGGAUCAAAUUCGAUGCUCAAAUCAGCUGUAGGUGUGGGAAGUCUUCCGGUGAAUACCUGUAUACCACACUUUUCCAUAAACUUGAUGCCAGUUCACCUCAAGCAGCAAAGAUCAAUUCCUUUGCAGAGCUUCCGGUUCUAUUGGAUGAACAGUUCCGCGAGGACAAUAAAUGCGAGCAUUGUGGAAGUCUGCAGAAUAUUGAUCUCUUCCUUUCAAAUACACCACACUUCUUUACAAUAGUUUUGAACUGGCUGGGUGGCAGUGAAAGCCAGGACACACUAUCUGAAGUUCUGGCUGGCAUCACGUCUCCCCUUGACACUGAGUUCUUUUGCAGAAGUGCUCAUUCUGCAGCUUUGUAUGCUGUCACCUCCAUGAUCUGCUAUGCUGACGACCGCUACGUCUGCUUUGCUCGUGACGAGGACAAGUGGGUCAUAUAUGGCUUCGAGACUGUCGAGAGAGAAGAUACUUGGGAGCAUUUGCUAGAACGUUUCAAGGACUGCAAGCUCCAGCCUGAAGUUAUAUUUUUCGAGGUGAUCAAGUAAACUGUUGUAUAGCUUUGCAGAAUGCAAACUUCUGUCAGACAAUUAGAGCCAAAUCUGGACCCAUUUUUUUUGUUUCGUUGCCACCAUUUUGACGCUGUUUGGAUUGGUCACUCUGACAUGGAAUACAGAUAAAAUCUUGAGGGAUGGUAUAAAUUGUUCCGUGUGUUCUUAACUCGAAAGAAGGGGUUUAUGAUGUUUGUCUUUAGAUUGGAAGUUGGAACUGAUGGAUGAUGCAUGUCUUGACUUGUAAUGGCACCACGCCAUUUUCUCUAAAGCCAUAAUGUUGACAAUGGCUAAGCUGAGAGAAGUGACAGCAUUUUGAUGCAUCACCAUCAGGGAUCCGAUGUAGGCUGUUCUUUUGUGUGGCUUUGUCUGAGUUUUCUUUGUUGAAAUUGGGCUCUAGGCUCUUUAAACUCGCUUUCGUUGUCUGUUUAUGGCCCUUUGGCCUUUG